AUGACUGAACCAUCCCCUGUUAUUGAGGCUGAUCCAACCCCUGUUACUGAGAACCUCCAAGCGAAAGAUGGUUUUGUGGCUAAUACCAUAACAGAAGAACCUAAAGGAAAAUCCACCUCUUUUCUGAUUGAGGCGGAACGUCCCUUUGGUCAUAGACCUAUCCUUAAGGGUAAUUCCAGUCGUAGUCGAAGUAGGGGCCGACCGAAAGCUAGGAGUCGCUCUCGCAGAAGGACAGACAAUGCUGGCAUUGCAAUACGCUCUGAAUCUAGAGCCAAUCCAGUAAGGAAAACAACUGAGGCGGGACAGACUUCUUCGCGUCCUCAAGGCCAUCUUAUCCGUACCCCUGCUACUAGAACUUGGGCAAAUAUUGCCAAGGUGCUAACUAAAGGUUAUGACUUAGCCUUUGUUCCUCCGGUAGAGGAGAAUGGAGAACUUAUUGUGGAUAUCACUCCAGAAGUUGCUGCUGAUCAGAAUCCGUUUUGGCUAGAAUGUAUUGUUGGCCAUUAUAUUGGGAAGAAAGUCCCCUUUAAAUUAACGGAAGAAGCCUUUAAAAAAACAUGGGGAGAACAAGUAGUUGAUGUUAAACUACAUGAAAAUGGGUUCUAUUUCUUUCGUGUCCCGAAUGAUGACUUUCGCAGAAAGAUACUUGAGAUGGGUCCAGUAUCUAUUUUCAGCAGCACAAUGCUACUUCAACAAUGGCAUCCAAAGUUGAAACUCAAGAAGGGUGCUAUGGAUUCUCUUCCGGUCUGGGUUAGGCUAAGAGACAUUCCAUUCUCUUUAUGGUCUCCUGCUGGUAUUGGUAGGAUUGCAAGCGCCAUCGGAAAGCCACUCUAUGUGGAUACCCAAACCGAGCAUAUGUCUAGAAUCUCUUAUGCUAGAGUUUGUGUGGAAAUCAAAGCCACAAAACCCCGGUUGGAAACUGUAAAGGUACGUUGGGAUGGUGAAGUUAACCUGGUCCAUAUUGAAUAUGAAUGGAAACCAUUGGUCUGCUCUUCUUGUGGUUUAUUCGGACAUAAAGCUGGUUCGAAUGGAUUUGACUGUGCAUCUGGUCAUCAUGAAGAUAGAGCCGAGAAAACACUUCGACCUCAAGCUAAUGCUAGACCUGAGACUACCCUUCCACCUCGUGAAACUGAGGGGUGGACUCAAGUCAGUAGGAAAAAAUGCAAACUCUUGUUGAGCAAAGGUGCAACCCAGUCCAGCUCUGCAUCACACCUUAUUCUGGAGGCGAAUCCAGGGGGGGAGGAUCUUCUGCCUUCUGUUCGAGACCCUUCUUCUGCUCAUGGGCUGUCAAGGCCUGAUCUGAAUUCUCCUAAGGUAUCUAAUGCAGGGCUGACCAGAACUGCAAAUGACCUUCUUCUGGACACGACUUCAAAGGAGGACGAACUUCUGCCUCCUGUUGUGAACCCCUUUACUGAACAUGAGCUGAUCAGUAUUGAUCUGAACUUCCUGAAGGAAUCUAACACAGGGAUGAGUCAUUCUGCUGUGCCCGGUCCUCAAGGAUGUAUUCACCAGCAAAUUGAGGAUCUUGUUAUUAACUCUCAAUCUUCCUCUGAUGAUUCUUCUGGCUCUCAAGUCGGGGUGGAGAAUAGCGACUCUGAAGAGCUACUGGUGGAGGAUCCUGCUGUAAUAUCUCCCCCAACCACCCGUUCUCGAACCUUGGCAACUAAUACCUUGGAGGAUACCUCUAAAGCCUCCCGAGGGCCUAUUCCUAGCAUGAGCUGCCCUGUUGUUUAUGGUGAGCAUUCCUUUGUGAAACGGCGUCCGUUAUGGGCUGACCUUCUUCGUAUCUCUGCUUGUGACCUACCUUGGAUUGUAGCUGGGGAUUUUAACGCUAUCAAAGAUCCAGAUGAUAGAGUGGGCAGUACAACUCCAUGGAUCCCGGCUUUUGAUGAAUUUGGAGAUUGUCUGAACCAGACGGGUUUAGAAGAUCUUCAAUAUGUCGGGUGUAGAUACACAUGGACUCAUUCUUCUGGUGCGAAUCGGAAACUCCGCAAGAUUGAUCGAGUACUCGCAAAUGACAUAUGGAUGCAACAGUUCUCCUUUUCGGAAGCCAGUUUUCUUUCUCCUGGGAUAUCUGAUCACUCUCCCAUGGUGAUAAAAAUCCUUUCGCCACAUAGUUCUAAGAAACCCUUCAAGUUUUUCAACUUCUGGACUACUCAUCCUAAAUUCUUGGAACUAGUGAAGCAAGCCUGGGAUACGCAUAUAAUAGGUACUCCUAUGUACAUUAUAUGUUGCAAACUGAGGGUCCUCAAACUGAAACUGAAACUACUAAACAGGAGUUCCUUUUCUGACAUCUCUACAAGAACUGAUCAAGCUAGAUCAGAUCUCUACGCUGUUCAGUCAGCCCUACAGCUCCAUCCUUACGACCAGAGCCUUCUAGAUAGAGAAGUGGAGCACACACAAUCCUUCUCUUCUUUGAGAAUGCAGGAGGAAUCCUUCUACAGGCAGAAAUCCCGUAUACGAUGGCUUAAGGAAGGAGAUUUGAAUACCAAGUUUUUUCACCACUUUGUCAACAAAAGACGCUUACACAAUCGAAUCCUCUCGGUUUCAACAGAAGAUGGGUCUAUAGUUACUGAUCCUCAGGCCGUCAGGUCUCAUAUUGUCGGUCACUUCCAGGAGAUACUUAACGGCUCGUCUGCUUCUGUUUGGCCCUCUGUUAGCGAGAUAGGCAUUUACCUUGGACGGGCUCUAGAUGAGACUUAG